AUGGAUGGCUCGGCAAUGGGUGCCCCGGGCAUUAUCGCUGCGGGCGGGGUGUUUAGAGAUAAUUGGGGCUGGGUUCGAGGUUGUUUUCACUUUAAAGGGGGAAAAGGUUUUGCUUUUGAAGCUGAGCUCCUUGUAGUUAUUCAUGCUAUUGACAUAGCUCACCAUCGUGGUUGGCGGCAACUCUGGCUUGAAGCUGAUUCAACUUAUAUUGUCAGUCUUCUUCAGACUCGGUCGGUUGAUGUGCCUUGGCGCUUUCUGGCGGCUUGGAAAAACUCUUUAAGGCUACUUGAUGAUUUCCAAUUUCAAGUCUUACAUAUUUAUCAGGAAGGCAAUAAGCCGGCGGAUUUGAUGGCCAACUUGGAUCGAAGCGAUGGUUGGUGGCCUUACGCUCUGGAGGAGAUUAAACAUGCGGUGUCUCUUGAUAUGGCAACGCAUAGCACCGUUCGUGUUAAGUUAUGA